AUGGCAACUCUGUGGUACUGCUGCGGCUGUAACUUCGGCCCCUUCGACGCCGACCUCUAUGUGUCCUGCAUCAACUGUGGUAAACACGCCUGCGACUCGUGCAACCGGGUCAAAGUCACCAUGAGCAACUACAACACCCACAACCAGGCGCUCUCGCCCUACCCCUCCGUCGUCGCCGCCGACACCGCGCGCACCCUCUCGCUAGAGACCAAGACUAUGGCUGCCACCGGUCUCGGGGAGCUUCACAGCAUUCGGUCCUUCCGCGGGCCAAUGCCCUCGGUCCUCGCAUCAUCCUUCGGGGGUGCGGUGCAAUACUACAGCGAGACAUACAUGUAUAUCUGCUGCAAGUGCCACGACGGGCCAAAGGUCUACAACGUUCAGCCCCAAUGCGUGGUCUGCCACCAUGAGGCCUGCGGCGAAUGCCAGCAGGUCAAGUAA